AUGGAGCAAAACAUGAUCUGUCCCUUUUGUGCGAAGGCUGGUGGAGGAGAGCUCGAGAUAUUGCUACACAUGGAGACUUUCCACCCCGAAGAAGACAAUUCUCACUCUUUCGCACCCGCAACUGGGACGCCGCGAGAGCAGUAUGCCGACUGUCCAAUCGAGGGAUGCAGUGAAAGCAUUCCUUUGGCAGAAAUCGACUAUCACAUGGACCUUCACCUAGAAGAGGACCGCCAAGUUGCUGAGAACCCUAAUUCCCAAGCCGUCAUCCAAUCUCGGCGACCCAAUACUUCAACUGUCGCCGCCGCCUCUAGUAGCCACCGCGAAUCCGCUGCCGAAGGUCAGAAUGCGAACGUUGAGCAAUGGGGAAAACUGCUGUCGCUCGCAGCAAAGUCGAAAGGCAAGGAUGGAGAGAAACGACUCGGAGUACAGAAAUUCCUCCUGAAAGCAGAGUUGGGGAAAUAUGCGCAUGAACAGCAGAUGCCAGACUGGCUCGUGUCUCUUCUUCAUAAAGGCGGCGAAGUCAAGAGCGACGGGGUGAUUUCUGUUCUCGAGCAGCUCUUGAGCCAGAGCAAGUCCACUGAAUAUGCCUACUUGUGCGACCCGGCCGUGCAGCAUGUAUCAAAGCUCAAGAAAGAAGGAGGGUUUUGCGGCUAUCGGAAUAUUCAAAUGAUGAUUUCUUACAUCAUUGGCGCCAAUGCCCCUGGCGUGGAUCGUUUUCAGGGCCGACUGCCUACUAUAUUCGAGAUCCAGGAACUCAUCGAGAGAGCCUGGGACCUCGGUAUCAAUUCCCAGGGGCGAGUUGAAACCGGUGGCAUCAUGGGGACUCGCAAGUAUAUUGGUACUCCAGAGGCCCAAGCACUCUUCGUUGGCCUUCAAAUUCCAUGCACUGCUCAGGGGUUCAGAGACCAGGAACAAGGAAAGUCUGAGGCCAAGCUGAUGAUGGCCGUCGAGCAGUACUUCAAGCAGGGAGCGCAUCGCCAAGGCUCAAAAGUAACCUGCACGUCACUUCCGCCUAUAUACUUUCAGCAUGCCGGCCAUUCAUUGACAAUCGUUGGCUUCGAGAAACAAAAGCAUGGCACUGCUAAUCUGCUCGUCUUUGACCCCGUAUUUCGCGAUCCACCCGCGCUUGCCCGGCUUAUUGGCCAAACUUUUAAGCAUAAAUCAGCAGAUGAAUCUCUCAAGCCAUAUCGCCGGGGCGCCAAGUACCUUCGACGAUACCGCGAGUUCGAAGUCCUGAGACUUGAUAGCCGAAUCGCUGUGACCUCGACAGCGCACAGUAGCUCUUGA